AUGGAUGAGAAAGGUUGCAGGCUCACUAUCCACCAUCAACAACGUAUUAUAUCCGAGAAAGGUAUCAAACGAGUUCACAUGGUAGCGCCCGAACACGCCGAAAAUGUAACCGUUGUGGCCUGCUGCAACGCCAUGGGAAACUCUAUUCCACCGAUGAUAUUAUUCAAGGGAAAACGUUUGAAACCCGAAUUUUCUGAUAAUUUACCCUAUGGUUCCAUUGUCAAAAUGGCACCCAAAGGAAGCAUGACAACGGAGAUUUUUGUCGAGUUUUUGAAGUAUUUUGCGAAGUACAAGUCUAACGAACCAUCUGAACUUCUGAUUUUUGAUGGGGCAUCCAGCCACUUGGAUCUAACCAUUGCAGAAACUGCAGACUCACUUGGUAUAACUCUGUUUUGUUUGCCAUCAAAUACGACCCACGAGCUUCAGCCACUGGAUAGGGCUGUAUUCCGUUCGUUCGAAGCAAACUGGGAUCAAGAACUCUUAAGAUAUUUGGAUACUUACCCUCAAAGAACACUGAACAAAGCUAGAUUCAAUAUUAUUUUUUUCCCGUGUUUGGCCAAAACGUACGACGCCGGAAAACAUCAUAAGUGGAUUUAG